UAAUUAAUUGUUGACUUUGGAGUCGUGGGGAUCACUAAGGCAAGACGUGCAUAUUGUACUUCAUAUAUAAAAGAUACAUGCACUUGUCAACUAUCAGCAUCGGAUUGCAUUAAUUCCUUCUCCUCUAGAAUUAAACAUAGCUAUCAGCUACUCAAAACUUAAGCAUGGCCUCCAUUCUUCAAUUGCUGAUGUUUGCUUUUACAAUGAUGUUCACGUUCAUGGGAGAGCGAGCAGUAGCUGGGGGAAUAUUUCGACCCAGUCAAUGGGCUCUUGCCCAUGCCACCUUUUAUGGUGAUGAGACUGCUUCUGCCACUAUGGGAGGAGCAUGCGGAUACGGGAAUUUGUUUCAAAAUGGUUACGGAACAGAUACAGUGGCUUUAAGUUCGACCUUGUUCAACAAUGGUUACACGUGUGGGACUUGUUAUCAGAUAAAAUGCUACCAAUCCAGUGCAUGUUACAAAAAUGUGGCCUUCACCACAGUAACUGCCACCAAUCUUUGCCCUCCUAAUUGGUCUCAACCCUCCAACAAUGGUGGCUGGUGCAAUCCUCCACGAGUGCAUUUUGACAUGUCCAAACCCGCCUUCAUGAAAAUCGCGCAGUGGAAAGCCGGAAUCGUCCCAGUUAUGUACCGCAGAGUGCCAUGCAUGAGGAGGGGAGGGCUUCGAUUCUCUUUCCAAGGAAAUGGGUACUGGCUGUUGGUAUACGUGAUGAACGUGGGAGGUGGAGGAGACAUAUCAAGCAUGUGGGUGAAAGGAAGCAGAAGUGGAUGGAUUAGCAUGAGCCACAACUGGGGGGCUUCUUAUCAAGCAUUUGCAACUCUAGGUGGCCAAGCUCUUUCUUUCCGAAUUACUUCAUACACCACCAGGGAGACUAUUAUUGCUUGGAAUGUUGCUCCUUCCAAUUGGAACGUUGGACUAACGUAUUCCACCAACGUUAACUUCCGCUAAACAAUUCGAAUUAAUGCGCAACCUUUGUGGUGGUCACUCCUUCUCAGUGUCUUUCAAAAACUACUUCGUACACUUCUUUUUAAUAUGAUACUAAGUGAUUGUGAAUGCUGCAAAAUGAGUUUUCCUCGUGCUAGAGCAGCAGUUUCUGUAGCUAAAUGUAAAGAAAUUGUCACUUUUUGUUGGUUUGGCAA